UCAAACUGCCGUAAGACCUCGUACGGCUCCCGCGGAGUAGGCCGUUUCCCCCGUUUGGCAAAGAUAAUCAACCUCAAUAAUUAUGUCGUUUAAAAGGGAAGGUGAUGACAAAAGUCAGUUGAACAUCCUGAAGAAACGGCGUGUGGCAGAUCUUCUGUCCAAUUUUAUUCCAGAAGAUGAAGCAGCUCUUCUGAAAAAUGGAAGAUACACCUGCCUUGUCUGCUCGUACCGCCCUGUGUUUGAUACAGUUGAUAUGCUGACAGUCCACAGAAACGGAAAAAGACAUCUGGAAGGAUUAAAAUCAUUCUAUGGCAAGAAAGCAAAGCUGAAGAAUGAAAUAACCAAAAGGCAACAUGAAAACUACAUCCAGUCUGAAGACAGAAGACAGGAACCCUCUUGUUCAGCCCCUUUACUGGCACAAACACGCAAGCUUACACAUCACGCUUUAUUGACUACUGUACCAUACAACAGCUGCCAUAGAAAAACUAGUACAAAAUCUGAAAAGGGACCUCUGAGCUCAGAUCCCAGUGACAACUCUUCCAGCAAAACGCCAUCUGAACAAGCAAAAGCAUGUCAGAAAACUGAAGUUUCAAACAAUUUAUUGCAGAGCAGUUCUAGCAGCUGCACAGCAGCCAGUGAACGGCCACAUGGAUCAGAAGACAUUAAAGGAUCUCAGACUGCAGUGACACAGGAGGCAGAGCCUAUAACAGCCCAGAGGAGACGAGAGCUGGAACACUAUCUCAAACUGAAAAGCGAGGGCUGGUUGCAAGACCGGAGCGGCCGGUGGGUUAAAGAUGCCAAUGUGGAGUUUGAUUCUGAUGAGGAGGAGCCUCCUUCACUUACCACCCUCCCUACAAGUCACUGAGAGGACUAACUGUGGGAAAACACAAAUAAACUUGGACCGCAGUGCUGAAUUCAGAAGCCACAGUGCUGUUUGAAAGAGCCGGAGCGCCGCCUGCAAGGACAAUAUCAAGGACGUCAGCCUUUUAUUAAACUCCAUGGUUUUCCUGUGCUGGUUCUACAGCACCUGUGUAAUGUUGGGACUCACUCCUUAGUUGUUAUACAAGACUGCUGCUCACCAAUGAUCAUCAGCUGCAACUUUUAUAUCAUAACAUACAAUUUACAGAAUCAGAAAAACACAAACAUGUCCUUGUAUUUUUUUUAAUCAAAUUGCUGUUACUCUAGCUUGCUGAAAAUGUUUUUUUUAUUACAUGAAGCAUCAGGAAGACUGUAAAACAAAGAUUUCAAGAGAAAAUGGCAUUUUUUACAAGGCU